AUGAAGGUCAAGCAACGAACUGUGUGCCAGACAUGUAGGACGCGGAAACUCGGAUGUGAUGGGAAACAACCUGAAUGUGGCCAAUGCCUUCUCAGGGGCCGAAAAUGCUUCUGGGAUUCAGCUGUCUAUACGUUUCUGUCGCAGAACGCUCGUGUGUCUGAGCCUCGAAGGCGAUAUCUCGGAGGCUGCCAAGAACCCGCCAAGCGCUUCAAUAAGCCCCUUUCUCCUAAUAGCCAGCCAUGCACCGAUAUCCAACAGAACAUGCGGCUUCUUGCAACCACCGCGCCUGAAGUUAUCGGACCAUAUCGCAACGAUUGGAUCGAAUCCAUCAUGAAUGCUUUUGUCCCACAGGAAGAGCUUCCUUGUACCUUCCAAGAUUCAAAGGAUAUUCCAAGAAUAUGUGGUGCAUGGGUGGGUGUUCUACCCAACCUUGCCCAAAACCCUCAGGCUCGGUAUGGCCGCGUAUUGUCUCUAGCGAUAGAGGCGUUGUCUUCGUGCGUCACAUCAAAACCGUAUGCAGCAAGUAUUCAGACAUAUACCGCUGCACUUGAGGCCGUCAGAACGGGAAUAACUGUGCAAAAUAACCUUGUGAAUGCCGAAGUUGUUGCUGCAAUAAUGUGCCUGACCUUAGCAGAGCUUUUCUUUCCGGAGUCUCGCUUCGGCAUUGCAAUGCAUGUAUAUGGCGUUGCACGACUUUUUCAAGCUAGUGGACCGGAGCGAUUCAAGUCAGGAGUUAUGCACAGCCUUUUCGCCGGUUUCAGGCCACUUUUUAUGUUGCAAGCUUUUCAAUCCCGAACAGCAACUUUUAUCUCUUCAAAUGAAUGGAUCCGCAUUCCGUUCUCUGGUCGCCGCCCUUCACUUAUGCAGACACUCAUUAGCCAGGCUGCCCAUCUCCCAUCACUUUUACAACAAACUGAUACGCUUCUAUCAUCGCAACAUGAAGAGGGGCUCAGUCGAUCGACCAUUUUAUGUAAUACCUAUUUGGAAUUUCUUUUGGAUAUGGAAAGGUGGGAGCAAUCGUUACGCAACCAUUAUCCAGGGAGCAUCUGUGAUAGUUUUGUCAAUUCGAAAUCUAGGACACCUGCUCCUCCUGGACGCGGCAUAUCGUUCCCUGAUAUUACGAUGGCAAAUGUGUACACGCAUUUGUGGGCUUUCCGCAUUAUCUGUGCUACUGAGCUGGGUCGUCUAGUUUCGCUGUUUCCGUUGACGCAUCUACAAGACUCGACGACAUGCAAUUACUUCUCCUCAAGGGAUAUCCAAGAACAUAACGAGUGCUUAGCGAGACUAAUAUGCUUCUGCAUGGAAUAUCUCGUUCAAGAUGACUUCAAACUUUUUGGGCCGACAUCGGCAAUGCUACCUUUGCAGACUGCAUACAAGGUGUUGAUCACAAAUGAACAGAAGAACAUUCUGCAUGUCAUAUACGUCAAGGAGCUGGUUCAAUGGCUUGUUGAGAAAGGUAUACGGUCCGCUCCUUACGUCAUUUACUAA